GUGAAGACAACAGCUAGCUAUGCGGGCUACUGUUAGCAGAUUUUAUUGUGUCAGCAAAUCUGCAUCGGUAGCUGUCCCCUGGAUUUACUAAAGUGCGACACAACCCUCUUAGUUCCUUCAAAUAUCUAACAGCCACCCCAUAUAGAAAACUAAAUUUAACUAUUUUUUAUUGCGUUGGCUGAUAUUAAAACGGACUUACAGGGGCGACGCAAGUCCAAACGUAAACAUAGCUUCUUUGUCACUGACCGUAAUUGUUUUCUCAAUUUGCUGACGUUUACCUAGUCUUUGCUUCAGAAUUAAUACCAGCAACUCUGAAUCAACAGCUGUUAUAUUACAUUAAGCCUAAUAGUGCCUGAUAAGUGACACAGAUGUAGUUGUUUAUCCCAAUGAGAUCUUGAGAACUUUGAAACCACUGACUUCUUCCAAGGCACUAACCAUAGAGCAGUGAGAAGAGAGCAGGACCGUGAACAGAAUGACAAGGAUGGUGAAUAGUUACAAGCGGACUUCAAGCCCCAGAUCACCUACCAACUGUGGGGAGCUCUUCACCCCAGCACAUGAGGAAAAUGUCCGUUUUAUCCAUGAUACCUGGCAGUUUGUGCUCAGAGAAAUUCGAUCAACCCAAAACACAGAGCGUAAUGACCGUGGACCACAGGAAUAUGUUGAGAAGAAUCCAAAUCCUAACCUACACUCUUUCAUACCAGUGGACCUGACUGACCUCAAGAAACGUAACACACAGGACUCAAAGAAAUCCUAGUCCUCAAGAUGGUCCAAGCACUUUUUUUAACCCAUCAUCAUUCAGAACUUUUCCUCUGACAGUCAGCCCUAUUUGCCAGUCUGCGCCAGAAUGCCAAACAAUUCUCUGUGAACUUUGAACCACAGCAAGCCCAUGUUUUUCUUUACACCCUACAAGGGAUGAAGAAGAUCUUUACAUUAGAAAUAUCUGUCAUGAAUCAUGUUCAAGGCCACAAAAUCCUCCUAAUGUAUGAAAAGGACUGAUAAAAACCUCCAGUAGAUGUUGUUGGCAUCUGAUGCUGAGGUACAAACUGUUCCACCGGACACAGAAGACUGCAGUUUACUAUUACGUACCAGGAAAAAUGACAAAGGGCUUUUCUGUUUUGUUGUUUGUUUUGUAAAAAGGUAGUUGGCAAGAUGAAGUGUAGCAUUAAUGAUGACACAUUGGAUGCACACUUGAUGAGCAUAUUUUUAAAAGCAAAAUGCAAAGACAAUGUUCGUAGAAGAAUAGUUUUCCCUAAAAACAGGCUUUACUAAGAAAGCUCCCAAAGUAUUCUACCCCAUUGAUUAACACCUCUUCCCAAAAUGUUGAAUAAACUACUUUUACACUACAUCUUCUUGUAUUCAUCCACCACGGAUAUUGACCAUUUGUCUACAAGUAAUUUGUAGUUUACUAGUCUUAAUAACCCAGGUCAGAUUGCAACAGAAUAAAUUGUAUAUUCCUAACAAGAAUUUGCUGUUACCUAUAGAAACAGUGAAUGCUGAAAAAGUCUGUCACCUAAAUGCAAAACAAAUGAAGUGACAAUGCUGUUUUAAACAUGUCACUACAGCAUGCAGUAGCAAAACCCAGAUACCAUGCAAAUGCACCCCCCCCCCCCCCCCCCCCCCCCUCCACACACACACGCACACAAACCCUUGGGUCAAUUAACAGAAAAGGAAAGAAAACCCAUAAAUCUGUAUGCUUUUCGCAAAUGCUUGAGGCUAUGCCAUGGAAUCAAUGCUGUUUUUAUGUCCAUGAAGCUGCCAAUGAUCUUGCAGAAAACAUCCAAUAAAGUCUAAUAUUUAUGUUCAAAAGUG